GGCGGCGGCGGCGGCGGCGGUGGUCGGUGCGGGAGGAGGGAGGGAGGGGAGCUCGCGGGCCGGAGAGGGGGCGGCGGCGGCGGCGGCCUGAGGAGGCUCGGGCGGCGGCGGCGGCGGCGGCGGCGGAGGAGGAGGCCGAGGCAGAGCCAGGAGAGGUGUGGCUGGACCAAGACCUCCUCUAAUGUGAGCAGGUUUCCUCCCCCACCACCACCCACUGCCACCACGCCAGGGAACAUCCUCAAGCCCUGGCCUUCAGAGAAGAGGUAAAAGGAGCCCGGAGCCGAGACCAUGUGACGGCGCUGGCCCUUGCCACCGCCGUCCCCCCUACCCUGGCCUCAGGCCUGGCACCAUGAUGUUCCGAGACCAGGUGGGCAUCCUUGCUGGCUGGUUCAAAGGCUGGAAUGAAUGUGAGCAGACUGUGGCCCUGCUGUCGCUUCUGAAGCGGGUCACCCGCACCCAGGCCCGCUUCCUGCAACUCUGCUUGGAGCACUCACUGGCGGACUGCAAUGACAUCCAUCUUCUGGAAUCUGAGGCCAACAGUGCUGCCAUUGUCAGCCAGUGGCAGCAAGAGUCCAAAGAAAAGGUGGUCUCCCUCCUGCUCACCCACCUGCCCCUCCUUCAGCCAGGCAACACGGAAGCCAAGUCAGAAUACAUGAGGCUGCUGCAGAAAGUGCUGGCCUACUCGAUUGAGAGCAAUGCCUUCAUUGAGGAAAGCCGCCAGCUGCUCUCCUAUGCCCUCAUCCAUCCAGCCACCACAUUGGAGGAUCGUAAUGCGCUGGCCCUCUGGCUAAGCCACCUGGAAGAGCGACUGGCAAGUGGCUUCCGCCCCCGGCCUGAGCCCCCCUACAACUCACGCCAGGGAUCAGAUGAGUGGGGGGGCUCUGCAGAGCUGGGCCCUGGAGAGGCAGGGCCAGGCUGGCAGGAAAAAACACCCCGGGAAAAUGGACAUGUGCCCUUCCACCCACCCAGCUCGGUGCCGCCAGCCAUCAACAGUAUUGGGAGCAACGCAAAUACAGGUCUCCCCUGCCAAAUUCACCCCAGCCCGCUGAAGCGUUCCAUGUCGCUUAUCCCCACAAGCCCCCAGGCCCCUGGUGAGUGGCCGAGUCCAGAGGAGCUUGGGGCCCGGGCUGCUUUCACCACGCCCGACCACGCACCCCUCUCGCCCCAGAGCAGCGUGGCCUCCUCUGGCAGUGAGCAGACGGAGGAGCAGGGCUCCAGCCGGAACACUUUCCAGGAGGAUGGCAGUGGCAUGAAAGAUGUCCCCACAUGGCUCAAGAGCCUCCGCUUACACAAGUACGCAGCCCUCUUCUCGCAGAUGAGCUAUGAAGAGAUGAUGACAUUGACUGAGCAGCACCUGGAGACUCAGAAUGUCACCAAAGGUGCCCGCCACAAGAUAGCCCUGAGCAUCCAGAAGCUGCGUGAGAGGCAGAGUGUUCUCAAGUCCCUGGAGAAGGAUGUGCUGGAAGGCGGGAACCUGCGAAACGCUCUGCAGGAGCUACAGCAGAUUAUCAUCACCCCCAUCAAGGCCUACAGUGUCCUCCAGGCCACAGUAGCUGCUGCCGCCGCCGCUGCUGCCGCCGCCGCCGCUGCCGCCGCCGCUGCCGCCGCCGCUCCUACUGCCAAGGAUGGGGGCCAGGGGGAGCAGCCUCUGCCAGGUGCUGAGCCUCCCCUGGCUCACCCGGGCACAGAUAAGGGCACCGAGGCCAAGGACCCUCCAGCUGCGGAGAGCUACCCCCCUCCACCAGCUCCGGCUCCCACUGACGGCAGUGAGCCGGCCCCACCUCCCGUCGCUGACGGAGACAUCCCCAGCCAGUUUACACGGGUGAUGGGUAAAGUGUGCACCCAGCUGCUGGUGUCCCGACCAGACGAGGAGAACAUCACCAGUUACCUCCAGCUUAUCGAAAAGUGCCUGACUCAUGAGGCUUUCACGGAGACACAGAAGAAACGACUGCUGUCCUGGAAACAGCAAGUGCUGAAGCUCCUCCGAACCUUCCCGCGCAAAGCCGCACUAGAGAUGCAGAACUACCGGCAACAGAAAGGCUGGGCAUUCGGCUCUAACUCACUCCCCAUAGCUGGCUCUGUGGGGAUGGGGGUCACCCGACGGACCCAGCGGCAGUUCCCAAUGCCUCCCCGGGCCCUCCCACCCAGUAGGAUGGGCCUUUUGAGCCCCUCAGGCAUUGGGGGCAUCUCUCCCCGACAUGGCCUCACCAGCCCCAGCCUUGGGGGCCAGGGCCGGCAGAACCUGUGGUUUGCCAAUCCUGGAGGCAGCAACAGCAUGCCCAGCCAGAGCCGAAGCUCUGUUCAGCGCACCCACUCACUCCCGGUCCACUCGUCACCCCAGGCUAUUCUCAUGUUCCCUCCAGACUGCCCGGUCCCUGGGCCUGACCUGGAGAUCAAUCCCACUCUGGAGUCUCUGUGUCUGAGCAUGACAGAACACGCCUUGGGUGAUGGGACAGACAAAACCUCCACCAUCUGACGGGACCCACAGCCCAGCGCACUCAUAGGCUCCCCGGGCGGCGGGCGGGGGCCAACCCCCAACGGGCUUCUCCGCAACAGCGAGAGGGUGGGCUGGCUCAGCUAUACAUUCUAAUAUUUUUCUACUCUCACCCUUUUAACUUUUGUUUAACAUUGGCACAUGCCUUGCUCACUCCCUGGCCCAUUGAGAGGAUCUCUGCUGAGGUCCAGGGCAGUGUGGGAGGACCACCAUGACACGGAGGGCAGGGACUGGCCAGCCUGCCUGCCCCUCCUUCUCCUCCCCUUCCUCAUCCCUCACCUGGCCCCAUCCUGUCCCUGCCUCCUCCAGCCACAUGCCCCUCCCAAGGGAGCAGCCACCGCAGAGACUUCCUGACCCCACUACCUGCUCCAAAUCAUCUGACAUUUAGGGAGAGGCAAGUGGUAUAGCUGACCUGAUCCCCUGAAUGUUAUUUGGGAGGAACUGAGGAGGUGGGUGAGACAGGAGUCUCAUCACCUCCUCCCCCUUCCCUAUUCCUGGCAUUCCUUGAGGACAGGACCCACCUUCCUCUCACACCUCCUUUUGCCGUUUAUCAGAGGUUCUCUACAAUUAAUUUCUUAGGCCUAUUUAAGAUACAUAUUUAUAUAGUUCUUAACGGUUUUUCUCUCUGAUCAUUCCCUCUCAUUUUUAGACUCUCCAGGCCCCACCAUGAGCCAAGAAAGUGGCUGGGGAAGCCUGACUUUUAGGAGAGGAGAGGGCAGAGCCCUCUUCCCCAGACUCCCUAGCCCUUUCCCACCCCCACCCCCCCACCCCCCCCACCACCCCCCCCUCCCCAGACACAGAGGUUGAAGGUGGGGAACCAGGGCAGCCAGUGAGGUCAGGAAGUCUGUUGCCUUAAUAUCCCCUUCCCCCACCAACUCACACCCUUCUCUACCCCCCAGGUGUGAGUGCUGAAAAAGACUUGGGGGUUAGGAAGAAGGGAAAGGGGAUUGGUUUUUGUGUUUUGUUUUGUUUUUGUUUUUCCUAUUUUUUGGUUUCUUGUCCCCUCCCUUUUCUUUCAUUCUUCUCCCACCCCCCAUCCCAGCCCCAUUCUGCCAUGACCUCACUUAAGUGGAACACUAUAUCAUAACUGAGAGAUUUGUCCCAGCCCUGGAGUCAUGGAGACUCUCUGGCCCCUGCUCCUACUUAGGAGCUGUGCUGGAUUCAGGUGGAGGGAGGAGGAGACUUGGGGAGCUUAGGCUUUGGGGGAAGCCAGGGCCCCUCUUCCAACUUCCUCUUCCCCCCUCAGCCAACUCUCUUCCCAUCACUGGGACAUUCUCAAGCUUUUCACACCGAAAAGGAAAAAAAAAAAAUGUUAUUUUUAGAUACAUUUUAUGAAUAACUUUUGUUAUGAAU